AUGGGUGGCGGCGACGGCAUUCGGUCGGUCGUGUACUACGUUAACUGGGCGCCAUACGGCCGAAAUCAUCAUCCACAAGACCUACCUGCUGAAUACCUCACUCACAUCCUGUACGCCUUUGCCAAUGUCAGGCCGGAAAGUGGCGAAGUCUACCUGACCGACCCCUGGUCCGACACCGACAAGCACUAUGAUAGCGACAGCUGGAAUGACACCGGGACCAAUGUCUACGGGUGCGUCAAACAGUUGUUCCUUCAAAAGAAGAGGAAUCGCAAUCUCAAGAUCUUGCUGAGUAUUGGUGGCUGGACGUACUCGUCCAAUUUCGCCCAGCCAGCCAGCACCGAGAGCGGCAGGAGGCGCUUUGCAGAGAGCGCCGUCAAGCUCCUCGAGGAUCUUGGCUUUGAUGGACUUGAUGUGGACUGGGAAUAUCCGAAGAACCAUCACGAGGCUGAAGACUUUGUCAAGUUGUUGCGUGAGACAAGAGCCGCUCUAGAUGCUGCUGCGGCCAAACGUCAGAACACCCAUUUCUACUUGACGGUUGCGUGCCCCGCUGGACCUUCCAACUUUGAGAAGUUGAACAUCCCGGAGAUGGAUCGCUUGCUGGAUUUCUGGAACCUGAUGGCGUACGACUACGCAGGGUCGUGGGACCAGCGAGCAGGGCAUCAGGCGAAUCUGUUUCCGUCGAAAUCUCAUCCGGAGUGCACGCCAUUCAGUACGGUCGCCGCGGUCGAGCAUUAUACCCGGCGUGGUGUCGACCCUUCGAAAAUUGUCCUCGGGAUGCCCCUGUAUGGCCGGACAUUCACGUCCACUGCAGGACCUGGGCACUCAUACAGCGGAGUCGGUGAAGGUAGUUGGGAACAGGGGGUUUGGGACUACAAAGCUCUUCCAAAGUCGGAUAGCUCUGAGUACCAUGACCCCCACAUUGGGGCCAGCUGGAGUUAUUCGCCGUCGUCUCAGACGAUGAUCAGCUACGAUACGCCGGCCGUGGUGGUGCAAAAGGCGGCCUUUGUCCGCGACUAUGGCCUGGCCGGAGGCAUGUGGUGGGAAUCUUCUGCUGAUAAAGCUGUCGGCGGCGGCAGCCUCAUUGAGACCUUUGUGACACAAAGUGGCGGACCGGGUCGACUGGAGGAGGCUAAGAACUGUCUGUCGUACCCCGAAAGCAAAUAUGAGAAUCUACGGAACCAGUUGGACUAG